AUGGACUUUGCUGCAUUUAUCCAGUCGCAUGUGAUCUCAUCUGACAUGAAGGAAGACCACAUCUUCCGUCUGACAGGAAGGGGAGCAGAUCAAGACCCUAAGGGUGUGUUCAGCAUCAACCGACUGACGGGAGAUGUGGCAGUUAGCCGAGCCCUGGACCGAGAGGCCAUCGCAUACUACCAUCUCCAGGUAUCCACCACUGACCUGAGUGGCAAGUUGGUAGAGGGACCUGUAGACCUGGACGUGUCUGUUAUUGACCAGAAUGACAACCGACCGGUCUUCAAGGAGCCGCGCUACUCUGGGGAGGUUCAGGAGGGCUCCCCUACAGGCACUACAGUGAUGACCAUGACGGCUUAUGACGCAGACGAUCCCAACACGGACAACGCUGUAUUGCGCUACAUCAUCGUGAGACAGCUGCCGGAUAAACCUUCACCCAAUAUGUUCUACAUCGACCCGGAAAGAGGUGACAUUGUCACCGUGAUAUCACCCCACCAGCUCGAUAGAGAGACUCUUCCAACCACACAGUAUGAGCUAGAGAUUGUGGCGAAGGACAUGGCAGGAAGUGAGGUGGGUCUGACAGGAACUGCAACAGCCACCAUCACCAUCACAGACAGGAACGACCACGCACCCGAGUUUACACACUCACUGUUCCAGGCAUCAGUGAAUGAGGGAUCAACUGGUGUGGUAGUGAACCUGACGGUGGACGACAGAGACGACCCAGCCACUGGAGCCUGGAGAGCUAUCUACUCCAUCAUCAACGGAGACCCCAACCAGAACUUUGAGAUACAGACCAAUCUGGACAACAAUGAAGGGAUGCUAUCGGUGGUAAAGCCUCUGGACUAUGAAAGUGCAAUGUUUCACACACUGCUGAUAAAAGUGGAAAAUGAAGACCCUCUGGUUCCUGACGUUGUGUAUGGCUCCAGCUCUACAGCGACUGUUUACAUUACAGUUAUGGAUGUGAAUGAAGGACCAGUGUUCUUCCCAGAUCCUCUGGUUGUCAUCAGAAGAGAGAAUAUCCCUGUAGGGAGCUUUGUGGCCAUGCUGAACGCUACUGACCCAGACUACCUACAAACCCAGAGCAUAAGGUUCUCUGUAUUGAGAGACCCAGCAGACUGGCUGAUCGUGAACCCCUUCAAAGGCAACGUCACCACCAGAGCCGUACUGGACCGCGAGUCUCCACACGUUCACAACAACCAGUACACUGCUCUCUUCAUGGCCACAGAUAACGGUAGUCCACCUGCCUCGGGCACAGGUACAUUGAUAAUCACUAUAGAGGACGAGAACGACAACGCUCCAUAUGUCUUCCCCUCCGUGGCCCGCGUGUGUGAGGAUGCUAAAGACAUGAAUGUGGUGGUGAUCGGGGGACGAGACAAGGACAUUCAUCCUAAUACAGAUCCUUUCAAGAUCGAGCUUGGCAAACAGCCAGGACUGGAGAAAACAUGGAAAAUCUCCAGGAUCAAUGACACUCACUCCCAGAUCAUGUUGCUGCACAGUCUGAAAAAGGCCAAUUACAACCUGCCACUGGUUCUGACUGACUCUGGAGUCCCUCCAAUAUCCAACAACACAGAAAUGAAAGUUCAGGUGUGCACCUGUAAGAAGAACAGAAUGGACUGCAGCCAUGCUGGCUCGAUCCAAACAAACCUCUUGCUACUGCUCGGUCUGGUUCUGCUCUCCAUCCUCUGCUUGUAAAUUCCACUGAUUCUUUCUGUAGUCCUUUUGCAACACUGAAGAAAACCUUCUUCUCUUCUCCACACACAAACCAGGCUGAGAAGACCUCACCCCCAAAAGACACUUUGCACCCUCCAUUUUUGCUCUCCUCCUUUUAGACAUCGUCUCUCUCUAUCCCCAACCUCACAGCCUCCACCUUUUCACCAGGAACUUUCUCUCUGUCCUCUCCUUCCUUCCCCUGCACUUCCUGUCUUCUCAUAUCUCUGGAAUACAUCACGGAUGGCACCGCCUUGAUGCUCCAACUCUCUCUCUCUCACUGGACAAAGAUAUAUUGGAUGGGGGCAAAGCGAUUGGACAUUUCGAUGUACUUUAGUUUCCUCUGGUUAAAGACUACUGUAUUUGAUCUUGUUUACUAAUGUAAGGGAAGGACACAAGGCCUCUUUAGUCUGCAGUGGUUGUGUUUUCUUAGGGUGGGGUGGUAGCCAGAAGCCUUCAGAGUCUAAAAAAAAAAAGCAUCUCUCUUGCGUCUUUUAUUUUUGUUUUUUGUUCAAUUGCAUUAGUUGUUAUGGAGUGGAACACAAUAUAUCUUUAUAGUAAUGUGUGAGAUGGUGGGGGAAAUGUACACUAUAUAUAUUUUAUUUUUUACCAAUGUACAAAUAUAUGAAUUAACUUAUGUACUUUGAUCGCUUAUUCUUUAAUGACCCCUCACGAGAAAAAAGAAAAUAACUGUAUGUUUUUGCAAAAUUUUAGGAACUAUUUCUAAUGCCAUUGAUGUUUUUUCCUCUUUUUUCAUGUACGAGAUCGUGUUUAGAGUGCGGUUCUUGAGUCUGGAGAGCGAUUUGCAGACAGAGAGCAAGUCUGUCUUGUGAUUCUUGAUUCUGAUGGUACGGCGUUUAUUUUAUUUUUAUUUUUCUCUCUCUCCCCUUGGGUCAAGUCAAAGAGGCCAGGGAAAGCUGUUGAUUCAGUGGUUUUUCUUUUUUGCGCUUGUGAGAAGACAACAAAAAAGAGAGACAGAAAAAGAUAACAGAUGAA